AUGGUGUCAUCGGCCAAUUCUGAAGCGAGCCCGGGUGCGGUUAUCCAAUAUGCCUACAUGUUUGAGGAGAACAAGCGGCCGACGAAGCAGCUCGAUGCGCUGCUUCGUGCCAUUGCUAGAUAUAUCGUUAUCGAGCUGGGGGACAGGCAAGAGUUGCAGUUGACGCCCCGAAAGCUCGCCGCGUUUUACAAGGCCGUCGGCGGUGAUUAUGAUUCGAUCUUUAUAGAAAUGCCCGAAGCUUCCAUCUCCUAUAUUUGGCAAGUGACCGGCUGCCAACACAGUCUUCAACCUGGCGAUAACGACUUCAAGCCGCCGACAGUUCCGGCAUUGACACCUCGUGGAUUUUCGCGAUGGGAAUCCGUGGAAAUCUUGUUGGGGCCUGAGGAACAUGUACCGUAUAUGCAGUUUGCAGCCAAGAAUUGGGAUCUGAGGCAUCCAGAAACUGGCGAACGGUUCCCCGCUGACCUGCCAGCUGACGUCUUUCCUCGUACACCUGACGUUGAGGUAGACCUUUGGCAUCAAAACUGUGGACGGCGGGUUGCCCAAGAGGCUGCAAGAGAAAAGGACGAAUCUAUGCGCAGGGCGAGACCAACCGAGCCGACUGAGCCUCGCUAUGGUCGACCCUCGGCGCAUAGCGCGACGCCGCCUGGACGGCCACGAUCCGACGAUUCCGACUACUUUGGGAGAUCGGCCUCCUACACACAUAUACCAGAGCGACAAAAUGCUACGCGGGCACGGCAUUCACGCUCUCCAGAAAAGUCGGCAAAGCGAAGUCCAUCAGAGGAACGAGCCAGGAGACGCAGCUUUUCUGACUUUUCAUCUAUCCCGCGACAAGAGGAAGAGCGAGAGAAACCACUAUAUGACCAGACAUACCUCGAUCCUUCCGAUCGCAGGCCACCACAGGGCCGGCGCAACAGCCAUCCCCGACGAUAUUCUACUUCUGAGGACGAAAUCCAUCUACCGGCAAGCAUGUCUGAUCGCAAUAGGCGUCGCCAUCGCGGUACAUCACCACCUAUACCUUCGAUUCGUCGCGUGGUGCCACCCGCUGAUGCGGGCAGCAAAUCUACACGACCCAUCAGGACUGAUGUUCGUUCAGACGAUGCAAGGCGGUCUACUGGAUUGAGUCCGCUGGGCAGUCUGCGACAUAAGCUCAGUGAAACGGUUUCCAGUAUUCUUCCCAAUGGGUUGGCCUCAGAUCGAUCAAAGCCAGCAUCACGCCACCACGCUAGCAGCGAGCACCUUCGUCCAAGACGUAGCAAAGAACAGUUUACAUCAUCGCGUCUCAGCAAAAGCUACUCUGAUGUAGAUACCGAUGACGAAAUAGUAGACGAUCCUGCAGAUGAGCUGCGACGUCGCCGACGAAAGGCUACGGAGGAUAAGGCGCGAGACAGUGAUCGCGAACGGGAUCGAUAUAAAGACAGAGGAGAUCGAGAGCGCGUGAGAGACUCGGACCGCGAGCGUGAUAGCGACAGAGAUCGAAUGCCUCCACGAGACCGACAACGCACUCGACGACCUGACCCUCCACGAAGAACCAGUAGCCACGCAGAUGCAGAUCGGAGACGGGAUGCGGGACCCUGGGAUAUGUCUUACAGGGAUCGUAUGAAGGAGGAGAGACGAAGGUGGGACAGGCGGCCGUCGGCAGACGACGAAGUGGACAUGGCUACCAGUGCAAUGCCCACUGGGAAUAGGCGAUACCCAGAGCCAAGCUAUUCGUGA